AAAUGCUGGCCACCCCCAACACAUUCCUUCACAGUAACACUCACACUACAGUACGUAGCACUUUGAGAAGCGAGUUUUAACCACAAUGGCUAGUAUUGAAAUCCCCACAAUGGUGCUUCCAAACUCUUGUGGUGAACAGAGAGUGCCAGUGAUUGGCAUGGGGUCAGCCCCUGACUUCACAUGCAAGAAGGAUACAAAGGAAGCAGUCAUUGAGGCCAUAAAGCAAGGCUAUAGACACUUUGACACUGCUGCUGCUUAUGGCUCAGAACAGGCUCUUGGUGAAGCUUUGAACCAAGCAAUUCACCUUCGCCUUGUCACCCGUCAACAACUCUUUGUCACUUCCAAGCUUUGGGUCACUGACAAUCAUCCUCAUCUUGUUCUUUCCGCUUUGCGCAAAUCACUUAGAAGUCUUCAACUGGAGUAUUUGGAUCUCUAUCUCAUUCACUGGCCCCUCAGUUCUCAGCCAGGGAAGUUCUCAUUUCCAAUCGAGGUAGAAGAUCUCUUGCCUUUCGACAUGAAGGGUGUGUGGGAAGCCAUGGAAGAGUGCCAGAAACUUGGCCUCACCAGAGCCAUUGGAGUGAGCAACUUCUCUGUCAAGAAGCUUCAGAAUCUGCUUUCUGUUGCUACCAUCCCUCCUGCGGUGAAUCAAGUGGAGAUGAACCUUGCGUGGCAACAAAAGAAGCUAAGAGAGUUCUGCAAAGCAAAUGGGAUAGUCAUAACAGCGUUCUCUCCUCUGAGGAAAGGUGCGAGCAGGGGAAAAAAUGAAGUGAUGGAGAAUGAUAUGUUGAAAGAGAUUGCAGAGAGUCAUGGAAAGUCUAUAGCUCAGGUUAGUCUGAGAUGGCUGUAUGAAGAAGGAGUGACAUUCGUGCCUAAGAGCUACGAUAAGGAGAGAAUGAACCAAAAUCUCCACAUCUUUGAUUGGGCACUCACAAAGGAAGAUCAUCACAAAAUAAAUCAAAUAUAUCAGAGCCGUUUAAUCGGUGGACCCACCAAGCCCCAACUCAGUGAUCUUUGGGAUGAUGAAAUAUGAACUAUAUGCUACCUAGUACCUCAAUAAUUUGCCUCGGAUAGCAGUUUAUUAUCAAUGUUCCUUAUACACCUUUCCAUGAACGUUGUCUUCAUGUAAUUCCAAAGAAAUGAAAUAAGGAAUUUAAUUAUGAGUUAAUCUACAUCGAAAAC